AUGGUAGAAGUUUUUUGUAUCUUAAUUAUUAUUAUUAUUGUUGUUGUUGUUGUUGUCGUUGUCGUUGUCGUUGUCGUUGUCGUUGUCGUUUUCGUUGUCGUUUUCGUUGUCGUUUUCAUUGUCGUUGUCGUUGUCGUUGUCAUUGUCGUUGUCGUUGUCGUUGUCGUUGUCAUUGUCAUUGUCGUUGUCAUUGUCGUUGUCGUUGUCGUUGUCGUUGUCGUUGUCGUUGUCGUUCUCGUUCUCGUUGUCGUUGUCGUUGUUGUUGUUAUUGUUAUUGUUGUUAUUACUUCCCAAGAAGAGUCUUCAUCUAGUUCGCAACAAUUGGUUCGUUUGGAAGAUAUUCCAAAAGACAGUCCAUUGUAUGAGUCCAGGUUUUGA